UGCGCGCGACUUGCGUUCUACAUCCGGCUGUCCUUGCAGCCCAGUUCUGGAUGUAGCCUGCAAAAGGCCCGGACCUACAUAACACCUACAGUUGAUACAGCAUUGUUAGUCCCUGGUGCAGUACUGCGGAUACAGAGCAUGCCCAGUGACCGGCUGGCUGUCCUGAUAGAGGCAGACUACCGGUCCGUCAAUGCUCGGGAUGUGGCAGUAACCCGUGUCCCGCCACCAUACUAAGUGACACUGACAUUGCCGGCUGCACACUAGUCUCACAAGGCCUGGACAUGGCUCUGCUCUGCCUCCAGGUAGGAGAAUGGGCGAGACAAGACCAGGGAUUAAAUCCAUGAGAAAGUCUGUGGUGGUCCACCAACAAUAUCAUCACAAGAGGGAGGUAGCUCAAGCGCAGGUCCAUCCGGUUCCCGGAGCAGAAGUUCUGGAACUGCAGGAGUAUGUUGCCGUGGGCGACGGUGGCGAUCUUGAGGCAACCGCACCAAGAUCCCCACAGCUCAAGCUGACCGCCAGAACUCGGGACACCCGCCCGACGACCCGGCGGAGGAAGGUUAGUGAUGAAACGAAGGAAGAAAUUCAGGAGGAAGACGAGGCCACUCUCAGGGAGUUGCUUGUGAGGGCAGAGAAGUGUGGGAAAAUAAAUGCAAGAUAUUCUCUGGUUUCAGCACACACAGGAAAUCCCAGAUACCAACUCUUAUUGAAUCUACAGAAGCAGGUGAGCGUCAUGAGCAUGAACCUGAGCGCGAAGCUGGAUGAGCUGCAGCGUGGCGACCGGCAGCUGGAGACGACAGUGGCGCUGUGCGAGAUCCGGUCACAGCUGCAGGAGCUGACCAAGUCGGUGGAGUCGUGCCAGAGCGAGGUGAGCGAGGUGAAGCGUGACAUGGUGGCCAUCAAGCACGAGCUCGACACGGUGCAGCAAGUGAAAGAGGAGAUCGAGGAGCUGCGCGAGUACGUGGACCGGCUCGGAGAGCAGAGCCACCGUCGCAAGUUGCGCCUCCUUGAGCAGGGACUGACAUUCUUCCUGUCUUAUGCAAUUCUUGCUGCAGUGCUGGGCAUGUUGCAGUUUGGCUACAACACAGGAGUUAUCAAUGCCCCAGAAGUGAACAUAGAGAAUUUCAUGAAGGAUGUGUACAAGAGCCGCUACGGGGAGGACAUUCAGGACGACUCUGUGAAGCUACUCUACUCUCUGGCUGUUUCUAUAUUUGCCAUUGGGGGCAUGCUGGGCGGCUUCUGUGGAGGCAUGAUAGCGAACAGAUUCGGCAGAAAAGGUGGAUUGCUCCUGAACAAUCUGCUUGGGAUAGUCGGAGCAGUGCUGAUGGGUUGCACCAAGUUGUUCCAGUUGUACGAAUUCCUCUUCCUUGGCCGCUUCAUCAUUGGGGUGAACUGUGGUCUAAACACAUCACUUGUGCCCAUGUACAUCUCGGAGAUUGCUCCUCUCAAUCUGCGGGGUGGUCUUGGUACGGUGAACCAGUUGGCAGUGACUGUGGGGCUGCUGCUGUCCCAGGUGCUGGGAAUUGAGCAGAUCCUGGGGACCGAUGAGGGCUGGCCCGUCUUGCUAGGUCUCGCAGUGUGCCCCCCAAUCCUGCAGCUUGCGCUGUUGCCCUGGUGUCCAGAGUCCCCACGCUAUUUGCUCAUAACCAAACAGUGGGAAGAGGAAGCCAGGAGAGCACUGCGGAGACUACGCGCAUCAAACCAGGUGGAAGAGGACAUCGAGGAGAUGAGGGCAGAGGAACGGGCGCAGCAAGCCGAGGCCACCAUAUCCAUGAUGGAGCUGAUCUGCUCACCCACGCUGCGUUCACCCCUGAUCAUUGGAGUUGUGAUGCAGCUAUCACAGCAACUGUCAGGGAUCAAUGCUGUGUUCUACUACUCCACGCUACUCUUCAUCAGCUCGGGGCUCACGGAAGAGAGUGCCAAGUUUGCUACGAUCGGCAUCGGGGCCAUUAUGGUGGGGAUGACGCUGGUGUCCAUCCCACUGAUGGACCGCACUGGGCGACGGACGCUGCACCUCUACGGGCUUGGGGGCAUGUUCAUCUUCUCCAUUUUCAUUACCAUCUCAUUCCUUAUAAAGGAGUUUUUUGGUUACGUCCAGGAAAUGAUCGACUGGAUGUCGUACUUGUCAGUCGUGUCGGUGCUGAGCUUCGUCGUGUUUUUCGCCGUGGGUCCGGGCUCAAUCCCGUGGAUGAUCACUGCCGAGCUGUUCUCCCAGGGUCCGCGUCCUGCUGCCAUGUCCAUUGCCGUGCUGAUCAACUGGAUGGCCAACUUUCUUGUUGGCAUUGGCUUCCCAACCAUGAAGAAUUCGUUGGAGAACUACACGUUCCUUCCAUUCAGCGCUUUUCUUGCCAUCUUUUGGAUCUUCACAUACAAGAAGGUUCCUGAGACAAAAAACAAGACAUUUGAGGAAAUACUUGGACUAUUCAGGCAUGGGAAUGGCAGGGGCAGUCUGCGCGACAGUAGGUUGUAUGGGAGCAUGCUAAACUGUGUGAAUGCGUUAGAGCAGCGCAUGCCCCCGGCAGAGCGUGCGGCGCUAAUGGUGGCCGAGGAAAAGCCACACCCCGACUCAUUGCCGAGCCCGUUUGAAAGAAGGACGUUUAUGAGUAAAUACAAUCCCCGGCGCCACUCUGCAUACGCCACAAUACCAGCUGCCUCCGAGCGCUCUUCACGAGAGCUCGUACCGGCGGUCAGGCCCCCACCCCCGCUCCCUCCGCCACGCUUUCCGAACAGCGCUGUUUGACAAUGGGAAACUCUUAACAUCGGUAAUUUCUCCGUGUCAGCCCCGCUCCCCCUGCUGCUAGCAGUGCCGGGAGUAGAGGGGCAGCUUUACGACCUCGUCUCGGACUGUGGCAAGGCAUGCGUGCUCUACCUGCGACACAGCCUGCACCGGUCCUGUCACUGAGAAGAGACAGAUCAGAAAAUGAAGUGAAAAUGAUCAACGAUUCCAGGCCUGGGCCUUUUCCCCAUGUGUAUAUUCUCAAGUGUUGUGGACAAUCCCUACUAAACAAAAUUAUCUUCCAUUGCACCACGCGCUGUAGUCUGACAUUUCAUCUAUCAAUUCUAUAAGAAUGUUUUUUAUUAAUCUGUAAGCAGCCUAAUAGAAUGGACAAGGAGUGGUAUAGUGUUUUGUUAAUCUUGUGUGAGGUGGAGCGAGAGAGCAUGGUGAACCUCCACCUCUUUGGGAGAAACAAAAAUCUUACAAAUCUGUGAAUUGCUCAGUGUGUAGGCAGCAGCUCUCUCCAUGUCUUGAGUGUGCACUAAUCAAAAUAUCCCACCCCUAGUCAUAGCAUUAGUUUGUGCAUUGUGUGUGUGCGCGCGUGUGUGUGAGUGAGAAUGGUUCAUUAGUGGCACUAAUAUCAGUCCCAGACAUCGUUUUUAAUGCGUACUGUUGUGUAUGUAUACACUGCGACUUAUUCUAAUCACGUACACUGCCAGGACAUCACAUUGGAAUGUACAUAACCCACACUCAAAAGGACGGAACUAGCGACGUCAGGUGCUCAAUUUUGAAUAGUUGUCACCAAGCAGCAAGACGUAUUAGUGUAGUAUAGUGUAAUGUUUUCAUCUCCUCCGUUUCUUGUCU